UUUCUAUGUGACAGCAUUCAACUAUGAGUUGAAGCCUCAAAUGCCAGCCACAGUUGCUCUGCUGACAUCCAGGAAGAGGCAUCCAGCCCCGACUCGAUGUGGAAAGAUGUUGGGACCAGACUAUAAGAAGAAAUGGUGGUUAGCAGCUCUCAUCUGCCUUAUCUGCUCUGCUCUUACAAUCACUCUGUAUUACAACGUUCGAUCUCCUGUGAGCCCAUGGGCUCCUACUCCUACUCCUACUCCUACUCCUACUCCUACUCCUACUCCUACUCCUACUCCUACUCCUACUCCUACUCCUACUCCUACUCCUACACCUACUCCGACAAAGCCCAUAGUCCUGCUGUGGUUCUGGCCCAUCGGUGUCAAGUUUGAUCUCAAAGGUUGCUUGACCCACUUCAACAUUGAUAGCUGUGUUCUGACAGAUGACAGAUCCCUCUACAGCAAGGCCAAGGGAGUCAUUUUCUACCAUAAAGAUAUCUCCCAUGGGUUACAAAACAUGCCGAAGGGUCCACGUCCGACUUUUCAGAAGUGGAUUUGGUUCCACGUAGAAUCCCCGACAAACACAGCAAAGCUCCCUGGUCUGGACAACCUGUUCAACUUAACACUGAGCUACAGGAGAGACGCUGACAUCACGGUGAGGAACGAGCUCACUAUCAGGAAGACAGAAAUGACAGAGGACUUUGUUUUGCCAAAAAAAGACAAACUGGUGUGCUGGAUAGUCAGUAACACUGACCAUGGCACUGGAACAGCUAUGAGAGAGAAAUAUUAUCAUGAACUGUCCAAACACGUCGAAAUCCACGUCUUCGGUGCAGCCUUUGGAGGGAAGCGUUUGAGCUACGAGGACUACUACUCCACCAUAGCCAGCUGUAAGUUUUACCUGUCGUUUGAGAACUCAGUCCACAGAGACUACAUCACAGAGAAGGUUAACGGGCCCCUCGUGGCCGGGGCGGUCCCUGUAGUAUUGGGACCGCCAAGAGAAAACUACGAGCAGUUCCUUCCCUCCGACGCCUUCAUUCACAUCAACGAUUUCCCUGAUGCAAAGUCACUGGCACAGUUUCUGCUGGGCAUGAAGGAUGAGGCAUACAUGUGUUACUUUGAGUGGAGGAAGUUUUUCAUGGCCACCCCUCAUCUCCUGUCCGCAUACAACGAGUUCCUUCAGCCCAUCUGCCUUGCCUGCGACCACAUGUCAAGAGACCGGGAUUUCCGUGUAGUUCAUGACCUUUAUAAGUGGUACUUUACAUGAAAAUGCCAAUAAAAACAACAUUUGAAAGUG